CCUUUGUUUACUGUCUGUCUGGUCGUUCCAGUCAAAAAUAGAAUCAAGUGCCCGCUGUGAGAACUAUUUUGCCCACCUCGCCCUGAAUUCAGAGUUUCGGUCGCUACAGCGAUUAGUCGAUAUCUUUAAAGAUGAAUUGCGCCGGAGCAGACAGCCUUCGAUAUGUUUGCACGGAGAGCGAUUUUCCACAACGGAAGAAACAACAAGUGAGCUAGCUAGCUGGUGUCGAGAUCGUCGCUGCUCGUUCGUCUCGUUCCUCCUCUUAGUUACCGCACUGUCAGUGGCAGAUUAGCACAGCGACAGGCAUCUCAGUCAGGUGAAUACCGCAAACCGAAACGGUUAAAAACGCAGCCACUCGACGGCUAGCAAACACAAAAAACACCGGUCUCGGUUGCAUAAGCUGAACCUAGAGUUUAACCAUGGCCAUGGCCAGGAAUUUCCUGAACACGGAUGAUGCGUCUCCUGCGGCUCUGACAGACCUGUGCCUGACUUACGUGAGCCAAAAUCUGGAGUGUUUCUGUCUGAAGCGCCCUGAUGGCUCCCUGUGCUUCAGGGAGGCUGUUCUCUUCCCACAGGAGCUAGCGGACCAGCUGCUGGCCAAGAUGGCCACUGACGGUCUGUUGAAUGACAGCACUGUGGGUGUGUUUCGGAACUGCGAGUACCUGCGGCUGAGACGAGCUUGCAUCCGUACUGCGCGAAUCUCUGCAGAGGCCUUCCAGAAAGCCCUGUGCCCACACAGGCUGCUGGAGCUGGAUGCUGCCAGGGUCAAUGCAGACCUCACCAUUCCUGAUAUCCUGCAGGGUCUGGCCACCAAUAAAUACUGCCAGGAGUCCCUCCAGCGACUCGUCUUAACAGGUCUCACCAUGUCCUCUCUGGAGGAACCGAUCCGGUAUCGCUUCAGCUCCCUCCAGGGCCUCCGCUCCCUCUCUCUAGCCAAUGUAGACUUCUAUGACUCUGGACUUGUCGACGUGUGUUCCCUCCCUCGGCUGGAGAGCCUCGAUCUUUCCAACACUUCAGUUACCAACCUAAGCCCGCUGCUGGGGCUGAAGGAGCGUCUGCGCUCCUUAACCCUGCACCAGCUGAAAAGGCUGGAGAUGAGCACUGCUCAGCUGUUGGGAGUCAUAGGCCAGUUGGAUGUAUUGCAGCACCUGGACAUCAGUGAUGAUAAGCAGUUUACCUCUGACGUGGCUCGUCAGCUCCUUGGACAGCCUGGGAUCUUGCCCGCUCUUGUUUCCCUGGACGUGUCGGGGAGGAAGCAGGUGACAGAUGCUGUUGUUAAGACAUUUGUUGAGGAGAGACCAGGGAUGACCUUUGUGGGACUUCUGGCCACAGACGCUGGAUUUUCUGAUUUCCUCUCUGGAGAAGGAAACCUAAAGGUAACAGGAGAAGCCAACGAGACCCAGAUCUGUGAGGCUCUGCGUCGCUACAGUGAGAGAGAAGGUUUUGUGAGGGAAGCUCUGUUUCAUCUGUUCAGCUUGACACACGUCAUGGAGAAACCAAGGCCUGACAUCCUAAAGCUGGUAGUUUUGGGUAUGAAGAAUCACCCUGCCACUCUGAAUGUCCAGCUGGCAGCCAGCGCCUGCGUGUUCAACCUGACGAAACAGGACCUGGCAGCAGGAAUGCCAGUGCGGCUGUUGAGUACCGUCACUCAGCUUCUGCUGGAGGCCAUGAGGACAUUCCCCAACCACCAACAGCUGCAGAAGAAUUGCCUGCUGUCUCUGUGUAGCGACCGCAUUUUGCAGGAGGUUCCAUUCAACAGGUUUGAAGCUGCGAAGCUAGUGAUGCAGUGGCUCUGUAACCAUGAAGACCAGAACAUGCAGAGGAUGGCUGUGGCCAUCAUUUCCAUACUGGCUGCUAAGCUGUCCACGGAGCAGACGGCUCAGCUGGGAGCAGAGCUGUUCAUAGUGAAGCAACUGCUCCAGAUAGUGCGUCAGAAGGCUUCUCAGGGCAUAGUGGACGCCACCCUCAAGUUUACACUGAGUGCACUCUGGAACCUCACUGAUGAAUCGCCAACAACCUGCCGCCAUUUUAUUGAGAACCAGGGCCUGGACCUGUUUAUUAAAGUUCUAGAGUCCUUCCCCAAUGAGUCUUCUAUUCAGCAGAAGGUUCUUGGCCUGCUGAACAACAUAGCAGAGGUCGGGGAGCUGCAUGGGGAGCUGAUGGUCCAGGGGUUCUUGAACCACAUCAGGACACUGCUGCACAGCCAAGAGGUGGAGGUCAGCUACUUCGCUGCCGGCAUCCUCGCACAUCUGACGUCACGAGGAGAGGAAGCCUGGACGCUCAGCCCUGAUCUUCGCUCCUCGCUUCUGCAGCAACUGCAUGAUGUCAUUAUGAAGUGGCCGCCGCCGGAGUGUGAAAUGGUGGCCUACAGGUCAUUUAACCCCUUCUUUCCACUGCUGGAGUGCUUUCACACCCCCGGGGUCCAGCUGUGGGCAGCCUGGGCCAUGCAACAUGUCUGCAGCAAGAAUGCCGCUCGCUACUGCAGCAUGUUGUUGGAGGAGGGCGGCCUGCAGCAGCUGGAACUCGUUCAUACACACCCACAGACCCAUGCUGACGUCAAGCUGCUGGCCAAGAGCAUUCUGGAGAGCCUGCAGAACCACAGAGCCCGCACUGGCCAGCCUGUUUCAACACACACAAGUCGCCGUGUGCCACCACAAUAACCCCACAGAGAAAACGAGGCUCGCUGACGUCAGCUGGGUCCCACCAAAAAGGGGAUUUUGUAUGUGUGUGCGCACAUAUGUAUGCGUAUACGACGCACAAGCACACUUUAUCAGGAAUCCGUAGAAAGUAAACGUUAAAGGACAAAGACUACGCAAUUCUUUGCACACACACUAACUUUAUUUAUUUUCUUUGUGUUUGUUUCAAAACCACAAUAUUUCUGUGUGUGCUAAUCUUAUGAUUAAAAAACAAAUUUAAAUUAUGAAAAGAACUGGUGGUCAGUUAAGAUCAACAUGAGGACUGUCUGCGCCCGCUCUUGUUAGUCAGUGACAUUGGAAUCAUGAUGAUUUUCAUACCAGAAUCAUUGUACACACAUACAGCUCCUAGUUUGGGAUCGAACCCCGAAAAGCUCAGCUGAGAGUUGACACCAACCUCCUCCUCCUCCUGAACGUUACUGAGGGCUCCGGCCGUCUAAAUUGGACGAUUAGCUCAUUACAUAUACGCAUGACGCUGCUGUGAGCUCAAGCAUGCUGGAGUUUGUCUGAAUGCUUGCACUGUUCAUUUUAGGAAUGCCUGCUUGUUUGUUUCUAGCAGUGUUCUGUUGACUGGAACCCGCACCUCCGGGUCCGCAAUACUGCUGUUGCUCAUUUAGUCUUCUGUCAGUGAUGCCUUCGAUUUGAUGUGAUAGGACACUUACCAAGGGUGUGUUCAGUGGGUUCAGAUGUUAACCAAACCUUAUGAACCCUAAUGAAAGCCUGAAUUAUAGAGGCGUUAGUCAUAUCUCUUUGAGAAGCUCUGGUGCAUCUUCUGUUCUAAACUUUCAGAGGCUCCCACACCAGUCGUAUCAGUGGCAAAACCAGCACUGCUGUCAAUCAUGAGAUCCAGAAUAGAAUUCACAUAAGUUGAAAUUAUACCAUCAGUCUUGUCUGGUUAAAGUGCAAAAAUGCUCUCUGCACACAAAUGGCAAUAAUGAUGUGGUCAGUAUUAUCAGGAUGGAUAUAUGUAUUGCAACACAGCUUUGUUUUUUCUCUCUUUGAGAAACUUGUGUGUAUAUAUUGAUAUGUUUGCUGUGCUUCCCAAUGGGUCUUAAAAGACAGAGCCAGCACUUCUGUGUGAGCAUGUGUGUAUGUAUGUCUGAACAAGUACCUGCAUCUUCAAGAGUGUCUCCAAGUUGUACAUAAUAGAAAGUGAAAGCGAAAUAGUACCUGUUUGUUACUAUUGACUGAUUGAAAAGUGAUUGCUCCAUUGUUUGGAGCAUACAGUAAAAAAAAAAAAAACCUGAGAGAUUUGCCCAGGGAGAG